CCUACAGCUCAAUUUACUAAAAGUUAUGUUUUUCUUUAGCCAUAUUUUAUUUUGAUGUAUAUUUUAAUAAACAUAUUUACUUUUGGAACUCUUUAUGUAUACAAUUAGUUCUAAAUCUACACUUAAUGAUAAAUAGUUUAAAUUGAGGCUUGUUAGUGAGUGACCGUGGUAUAGUAUAAAAAUGAUUAAAUAUUUGUUUUUAUGCACCAUACUAUUUGCCUCGUUGGUCAGUUGCAUCAACGUGACCACAGUAGAUACACAACAUGAAAAAGUUAAACCUUCACUCAAUACCUCUAAAGAAAACAUCAGCAAAGAUUCGAAAGUAAAUAUAUUAAGUGAAGGGGGUGCAUUGUUGUCAGAAACUCGGACACUUCCUAAGGACACAUUGAUUGAUUUAAUGAGCUUAGAGGAAGGAAUAACCAAACAAAAAGAAAAACCCAUACAUCCUAGGAAAGGAGUUGGAAACUAUACAAUAAUAAAUUCCACAAAUUUACAAAAUAUUAGUACUACUGGUAAUAUUGCAAAUACAACUGUUUUGAAUUCAACUGAAAAACUUUCAAGUGAAAAUGUGAUAAGUGAUUCUAAAAUACCAAUUUCUGCAUCAUCUGAAGCUGGAAUACACAAGAAGCCAACAUUGCUAUCAUCAGAUAAAAUGGACAAUGAUGCAAAUGCACAGGAGAAGUUAACUGAAAGAAAAACAAUGAUUUUACCAGAUAAAAUGACUCAAAGUAAGACAGUUACUAAGCACCCAGGAAUGGUAAUUCCUGUAGUUAUCACAAUACUUGUGGUUCCCAUGUUUGCUGUGCUUGGAUAUUUGGCUUUAAAAAGAGGGCAAGAGGCAUGGAAGAAUAGACAUUACAAACGCAUGGAUUUCCUUCUUGAUGGCAUGUAUAAUGACUAGACUAUUAUGUGAUAAAUUGAGUGUAAAGGAAUAGUUUCUGAUAAGAAAGCCAGAUGUUAAUGCUGUUGGUGUAAAUUGAUAAAAUUUCAAUUGAAAAACAACAUUUAAUAAAGCUCAGUGCAUCUCAUGAUCUAAAAACAAUUUAAAUGACUCUCUCAUGUUAUAAGGUGGUACAAGUUUCCAAUUGUUAGUAUUACUUGGCUUAGUGGAACUAUUCCUUUACUAUUGAUACUUAGUAUAAUCUGACCAAAUGCACCAAAAAACUAAUAAUGUAACAUUUAUUCAGAAGAAUACUUUGUACACAACUGAUAUUUUGCCCUGCCUUGUAAUAGUAAUUAUAAUUCAAACACUAUAAUAUAUACUGUUUUUUGUUUGUUUGUAUUUGAAUUAAUUUUGUAACUGUAAACUGAUGUCUGAUGACUUGGCAGUAGCUUGACUCUGGCUGUGCUUGACAGCCUGUGGCAUUGCUCAUGUCUAUGAGUGAGGCUGUAUGUUUGUCUGACUGCAUGGCAAUAAAAAAUAACAUGUAUUAAGUGAAAGAAAAUGUUUGAACAUUUUUGGUGCUCAAAAUGUGCCUUUUAAUAGUAAGUGAUUUAUUAACUAUUUUGUAAUAUUUGAUAGCAAUAUUUCGUCUUCCUUUUUUAGAUAAGAUAAAAGUAUUUAUAUAAAAGAAAAUGUGAUAAAGAUAUGUUAUUAUUACUUUUGUAUUUUUAUGCUUCAGUUAAUGUUUAUAUUGAAAGAGAAUAUGUAACAAUUGUAAAACAUUGUGACCCUGCAUGAUGGGUCGAUCAAUACUAUUGUUCUAUUUAUACUAUGAAGUAGAUAUUUAAGGGUAGCACAGACUGAAUGCUAAAACAAUUAACGUUGGAACAGACUCAAGAUUGUCACUCAAGGUUGCAAUCAUUAAUUUAUUAAAUUUAUUAGAUAGAUCUAACUUUUGUGCCUUGAUACAUACGAUACACAUUAUUUUUGUAAAAAUUUAAUGUAACUAUGAUUAAAGCGAUUUUAUUACUUACAGUCAGAUUUUUAAUCUGAUUGAUGUAGUUUAAUACUCUCUUAAUUGUACAUAUGUCCUUAAUGUUCAAGUAAAUUCAUUAGAUUGUAAAAAUAUCUGGGCCAUUCUUUAUCACUGUAGAGUUGGAAUGUGUUACUUAAAAUCAAAACAGUUCAAACAAUUAAACUUUUGUCAGUCAAUGGGUUGAUACCUAUUAGUCUGACAUACUUAAACAAUGGAAUUUGGGAUAAGAGAGAUGAGCUAGACUCGGUUGACUUACUGUAAUUGAAAGUUAAUGAUGGUAUUAUGUGUAUUGUUAGCACAUUAUUAUUUUUUACACCAAUUACUUCUCGGACUCUCAUUGUUAUUUUAUUCACUUGCAAAAGCAUUUAUAUGUAAAUCUGUUACAAAAAAAAAGUUGAUUUUUUGGAAUGAGUUCAAAGAAAUGUACUAUCUGUAACAUUAAAUUUAAUGGGUAUACGAGCUCACAGCGCAUCUGAUGUUAAGUGGUUACCAAAGCCCAUAGACAUCAACAACUUAAAUACCUACAUUGAGUAAUAAAUAGUUCUAAGUCUCAGUUUUAUAGCAUAAUGGAAGCUCAAAUGAAGCAGGAAUCUUAUCUUUAAGGCAGCGGCGUAGCGAGGGGUGGGGGCAAGGGCUUCAUGCCCAAGGCGCUAUUCACAAAGGGGUGCAAAACAAAAAAUAUUUUGAUUUUUUUAAAAAUACUUUCUGGAAAAUAUAUUUUUAAAUUUAGUGCCAGUGUAAUAUAAUAAAUGUUAAUUCGUAAAUAAAAACAAAAAAGGAAUAUUCAUAGUAUAAAUAUGGGCGCUAAAAAGGUUUUGUGCCCCAGGCGCGACUUACGUGAGUUACGCCACUGCCUUUAGACGAUAACUCCACAUUCUGAUAGAGUUUCUUGUAAUAAGUAGUAUAAACAAUUUUAAUAACAGUUUUCUAUAGAGGUUAAUGCAAUACAACGGACACUCGCAUAUUUUUAUUCGUAAUAACGAUUUUAACGUUUACGAAAUAGAGGCCAGAUAUGAAGAGUUUUGAAGCAAUUUCAAUAUAAGAUCAAAAAAAUAUUUUUUUGGAAUCACCGAAGUAUUUGAAUAGAUAGUACAACAUAGGUCACCCAGUAGGCUGCCGUACCUUGGGGCAAGUAAACUCUCGCAUUUAAGUUUACCUGACACAAAUAUUGCCAUUCCAAUUGAUGAAUAAAUUGAGAUUAUUAUAAUAAUACAAUUCAUACAUCAUAUCUAUCGUUCUCUGCUAUUCAUGAUUUAUUAUUGCUUCGAUGGGUGGACGAGCUCACAGCCCACCUGGUGUUAAGUGGUUACUGGAGCCACCUACAACGUAAAUGCGCCAUACCAUUGAUUGAAAUCUGUCAAAUACCUAUGCUGUCAGUACCUAAACUGAUAUUUCAUAUCAAUCAAUUUGGAUUCAUUUUGUUGUUUAAUACUAUUAAAGCUCACAGCAUCGGAAUGUGUUUUUACGUAUUCACUUUUCAAAUUCUGUUUGCUUGGACUUUUUGUUUUUGUUUUUUUUGUACGUUUGACUGGUAUUUCAGAGUGAUCGAAAGAAUUUAAAAAUAAAAAACUAUUUGCUAAUGUUAAAAACUUUGUUGUGUUGUUAUGUUUUAUGUAUAAAGCAAUGUAUGCUUUAAAAUAAAAUAACUGACAUUGUAUAAUAUCAUAGUCUAGUUCUUUCAGGUUCAAUUGUUAAUUUUGUUCCGAGCUUUUGCAUAAGUGGAAUGUUUGUUGAUUAGAUACUUACUUAUUUAUGAUGUUUAUGCAACUUUCGGUCUAAGCAUAAACCUACAAUACUUAAAGUAACCGUUGAACUAUCUCUGAUCUUGUGUUCCAUCUCACUAGGAAUCAUUAUCAUAAAUCCUGAUUUCAAAAUCACAUAGUGGAAAUUUUAUCGGUGAUGAGUUUGUUCACGAUGUUUUAAGAAUUGUUUAGUAUCAAUAGUGUGCGUACCCGUAAGAAAUUUAAUCGAGUUUAUCUAAUGAGAAUAUUUCUAUGUUCAACCUCUAGUGUUUCAAAUCGUGCAUGUGGUUUUAGUUAUUUUCUCACACGUUGUUUCGUGGUGGUAUCCGCGUUACGAUUUCUGAAGUCUAUAACCCCCCUACACUACGGAGCUUAACUAUUCUCGUUAAACUAACUGUAAAAGAACUUUGAGACUGACCCCUCUCAAAACAGCAACUGCUCCUGCUCUGGUUCUCAUUUUCAUAAGAUGAGACUGUGAGAACCAGACAUAAGAUUUUCAUAAAAAAAACACGAAUUGUAUUUUCUUCGAUUUAUGCGAGUCAUUGACAAUAAAGCUACUUUUACUAUUUAAUCUCACGAUUAUUAUUUUUAUUUUAUAGUUUAAUAGCAAUAAAUAGUGUUAACCUAUAUCAUGGAUAUUUUUGUAAAGAUCUAAAAAUCUUUACGUCGAUAAACCUACUCAAUAUUUUUAAACCAAAUCCCACAAAUUUCUUGUGAGACCUCUUUUUUAAGUAGGUAGUUUUAUUUGUACUGUUCUGUUUUUGCAAUUGGCUUUAAGAUAAUAUAAUUGGCUAAUAAAAUACGAGUACCUACGCGGAGAAAAUUAACAAGCCUACAACAAAAACUAAGGGUUGUGAACAUAUUUUUCGAUAAUUCUUAAAGUCUAUUUUUGGAAUUUAUAUUAUAAUUUACUAUAAGUAUACCUACCUACAAUUUUUAUGAU